GUUUCAGUUCAGUUCAUUUCAGUUGUUCAGAGUUAUCAGUGAAGAAGUACAUGGAGCAAUUAGCUAAUUCAGUAGUGGAUUGACUUUACCGUAUUUCAGAUCGAAAAUGAUAUUUUUGCUAUUAAUUGUAGCUAUAGCGUGUUUCAGGAACCUACCAGGUUUAGAUGCUGCCAGUAUGCGAUCCACGGAAAACUUUGGCUUUGGUGUUGAGCUGAUUCUCUCCAAGUUAGAGUCGCUGGAGGCAAGAAUAAUGGAAAUCGAGAAAUUGAACAUUUAUCUUAACAAGUCACUGGAAAAGCUCCAAUCCUCCUGCAUGAAGCCCUUACACUUACCGAGCCACAUGGAUUCCAAACCGCUGCUUGAAAACCAUGUGUCGUCCAGAGCUUAUAGACUUUUUCGAAGAGAUGAUCCAAAACCAACCGAAAUCAAACAUAAAACAGGAUCGCAUUAUUCUUACACAUCACACUAUAAUUACACUUCGUAUAACAGAAAUAAAACUUCGCCAAAGCCUUGGUUUCAUUUUCAUGAUGAUGAUGAUGAUGAUGAUGAUGAUGAUGAUGAUGAUGAUGAUGAUGAUGAUGAUGGUUCCGCCACAUCUCCCUAUAAAGGGUGACCAUAUGAUUUUUUCCAAAGGAGGACAAUUAACCCAAAUCGUAGCGAAAAACGAGGACAUUUGAUUAAAAAGGAGGACAUAAAAACAUCGAU